ACUUCAGCUUCAUCUUCAUUGUCAAUUUUUUAUCAACUUCAAGUUGUGAUAACGAAACAAUAAAUUGAACGUACGUGGGCUAGAAUGUAAAUUCUUUAAAAAUAAUAUAAAUAGGCAAUUGUUGUUACUAUUGUCAUUACAAAAAUUAACGAUGUCAGAUCCAAAUAAUCCAUUUGCUGGUUUAUUGGGAGUGUCAGAAGUAAAACCAACAAAUGACAAUGAAUACAAUGGGGAUAACAUACCAAAGCAAAUUAAUUUCAAGAAAUCACAAGAGGAUGAAGACUUGGAAACAGUUAAUAGCAUGGUAGAAAAUGUAUUUCAUUUUACUAUCAACAAUAAAGCUGUAGAUGGACCUUCAACAGACAGACAGCUAGUAUUCUUGGAAGAGUUAUCGCAAGUCAUUGCUCCAAAGAUUUAUAUAGACUUGGAAAUAUUAGAGCAAGCGCUGUUUGAGAGGUUGCUGCUACAAAAUGUUGAGACACAGGUUAUACCUAAAACAAGCAGGGCAUGUAAAGAACAUGUUGUGCAAAAUCAAGUUUUCCCAUAUCUAUUCAGUUCCUUACAAAAUUUGCAAAGUUAUGAACAAUUAAAUUCAGCCAUUGUGCAGAGUGCAUUGACUAAAAUGAGGGAAUUAAUAUUUAGAAAUGCCAUAACUGCUUUGAAACAGCCAGCACUGUUUGAAGAUCAGGAUUUCUCUUUGCAACUUUAUCAGUUGCUUCAACAUGUAGAUCCACAAAGUCACACAUUUUUUGAAGAUUUGGUGAAGGCAUUUGUGGCUGAAGGUGGAGAAGAUUGCCAGAAACAAUUGCAAGAUGCCAUGAUACCAGUUCUUAAUAGAAUAACCCUAAGUGUUAUGAAGUCAAACAUUAUUAAUCUACCUAUCUAUAUACUCCCAUGUGUACACUUAUUUGCAAGCAACCCAAACCUGGCACUAAUAUUGAUGGAAUCAUGUGAACCAAAAGAUGAAACAAUAGGAAGACAUUUCCAGAAUUCUAUACUGGGAGCACUUCUUACUUUGUCUGUGUUGCCUCCUAAACCAAAUGCAACUUUCCAGUUUUUUGAUGGUCCCUUGGAUUCGGCAGGAACAUCAAUGAUUGAAAAUUCUAUUUGGAAUGCAUCAUCACAUUUAAUCAACAAUAUGCACAAAAUAUUCCUGAUGCUAUUAAAGGGUGGGUCACAAAUGAGGAACCGUCUACUUACCUGGGUCGGUAAAUGUCUUAAAGCUAAUGUGGCUAGAGGGAAACUGUGGAACGUACAGGCUGGUGAAGUAAGUGGAGCAACAUUGAACUGUGUGUCUGAUGGUUUUAUGUUGAACUUGGGCGCUGUACUGUUACAACUAUGUCAGCCAUUUUGCAGCACUCCCGAUGAUCCUAAAUCUCUCAAAAUUGACCCAACAUAUGGAGCAGUGCCUCCUGAAGAAUGUGAAGCUAAAUCAGUACAUUUAGACUGCUUGCACAAUGAGACUUGUCUAUUACCGCCGCGUGAGGAUGAGAAUAAUCAGAGCCUCAAAAGACCCACUGCGGACACUUACAAUUUUGUUACCGAAUGCUUUUUUAUGACACAGAAAUGUAUUGACCUUGGUGUCCGUGUGUGUGCGGAGAAGCUGUGGCGCUUUGGCCAGGAGUUGGGACGUACCCAGCGAGCCUUGUCUGAUGUUCCACCACAUCUACUUGAGACUAUGCGCCAAAGGGGUCAUCAUCUUAUGACCAAGUUCAUGAGUCUCCGCUGCGCGCUGCUGGAGGCGGACAUGCUGACCAACCUGCACAGGUUCCAGGCGAUGACGUGCACGUGGCUGGUGCAGGUGGCCGCGCGCACUGAUGCGCCUGCGCGCUCCAACUACGCGCCGCGCACUCUCGUGCCAGUACACAUGCCGCUUCCUUCCCCGCCACCGGAUACUCUGAGAUGUAUCCCAGAGUUCGUGUUGGAGAAUGUAGUUGUGUUGAUCUCAAUGGUGCGGCGGACUGCGGGCGCCAUCACGGAGGAGGCGGAUGUGGCUGGUCUGCUGCAGCCCGCUCUCACACUGGUCCUCGCCUUCAUGGGAGACUCCACGCGGACAUAUAACCCGCAUCUUAGAGCUCGUUUAGCGGAGUGUUUGGAGGCGAUGUUGCCUAACCACCCUGAUGACCAGAUGCCGCUCAGCAACCUCGCCUCCUUCUCUAGGGAGCAGCUCUUCAAGGAGAAUCCACAUCGGCUACAAUUGGUCCCGUGCUUGCUGGACGUGUUCGUGGGCAUAGAGAUGACGGGGCAAAGCGUGCAGUUCGAGCAGAAGUUCAACUACCGCCGCCCCAUGUACCUCGUCAUGGAGUUCCUCUGGACCAUGGAGGAGCAUAGGGACGCCUUCACUAAGCUGGCUCGCGAGGCAGAGGCGAACAUGGAGGCGGUACAUCCGCCGCUGUUCCUGCGAUUCGUCAACUUGCUCAUGAACGACGCCAUUUUCUUGCUGGACGAGGCGCUUAACAACAUGGCGCAGAUACGCACGCUGCAGACCAUGCAAAUAUCAGGCGAAUGGAAUACUUUAACGGUACAAGAACGAGAACAACAUAUGACCAAUCUGUCGCACAUCGGUAUGCUGGCGCGCUUCGACAACAUCCUGGGACGUGACACGAUACGUACUCUGGUGCGGCUCACUGCGCACGCGCCCUACGUCUUCUGUCAUCCCACGCUGGUUGAUCGCAUCGCUUCCAUGCUAAACUACUUCUUGUUGCAUCUCGUUGGACCUAAUAAAAAGAAUUUUAAGGUGAAAGAUCUGAAGGAGUUUGAGUUUGAACCAGCCAACACGGUGAUGGACAUCUGCCGCAUGUACGUGGAGUUGGGCAGCAACGAACGCUUCUGCGCCGCGGUCUCUGACGACGGCAGGUGCUAUUCGCCCCAGCUCUUCUCUCACGCUGAAACUGUACUAGUUCGCAUCGGAGGCGGCGGUCUGAUCAGCUCGCUGCAGGAGGUGGCGAGUCGUGUGGCAGCACUGGCGGUGCAGCGCCGCCGCGACGAGGAGCUGCUGGCCAACGCGCCAGACGACUUCCUCGACCCGAUCAUGAGCACUCUCAUGUUGGACCCAGUACUGCUGCCCAGCUCCCGCACUACUGUUGACCGCACCACCAUUGCCAGACAUCUUCUGAGCGAUCAAACCGAUCCAUUCAACCGAUCUCCGCUAUCCAUGGACCAAGUGAAGUCCAACACUGAACUCAAGGAGAGAAUCCAUAAGUGGAUCGCAGAACAGAGAAUGAAGAGUGCUCAACACGAACCUAGUACCUCGGACUCUUAAUUAUCUUUUAUAUUUAAGAAUUUGUACAUCACAAGAAAUAGACAGGCUAGUAUAACUUUGUUU